CAUUGGAGGGACAAUGAAGAAGACGUUAAGGGAGAUAAUUGAGAAGUAUAACCUGAAUGUGUGCCUUACACCCAACCAGAACAUUAUCUUGUGUUUGCCGUGCAUGGAGGCGACCCAUCACAACAGCUCUUGCUCAGGCUGGUCUUCUGAAUCCUAGGUAUGUGGAUCCACCCAAUAUAACUGCAAUGGCAUGUCCCGCACUACCAUUAUGCCCUCUAGCAAUAGUAGAAGCUGAGCGUGGAAUUCGUGACAUUCUCAAGCGGGUUCGAGCUGUAUUUGAUAAGGUUUGGCUCGGGGGAACGCCUAACCAAACCUCACUAGGAAAAUAUUUCAUGAAUAAGGUGAAGAUUCAUGAUCUAGAAAAGGUUUUGGAGCCAUUGUUCUACAACUGGAGGUGCAAAUGUUAACAGGGAGAAUCUUUCAGCGAUUUAAUAACCC